AUGAUCGCCAACAAGAUGGUCUGUGAACUGAGUAAUUCAGAUCACUUGCAACACGCAGAAGAUCUCAAACCAAGAAAAGACUGGAUCUACAGAGGCACACAGGUAGGACGUACAAUGGCUCAACCCAACUUAAAAAAUUUACUAUCACUAUGUUGUAACGAUUUGCUUGGAUUUUAGCGGAGCCUCCACGAGCGCGAAGCGCGCGCGAGCGUACAGCUCCCUACUUAGCGAAAAUGGUAAACUAUCCAUCCGAGAAAAUUUGGUUAUGACGUCGCCGUACCUCGGUACGUCCGUACGGGACUUUCCGGGCAGAGGUAAGUAGAAACGAAUUCCUCCCCUCUCCCCUAGAGAGUUUUGUCCCCUAUUGUUUCCAAAGGCUUUAAAAAUGACUGACAAAUCUGAGUCUAUCUACUGAGUGUUUGGUGGAUUUUAGCGGCCGAUAAUUUAACUUUUGAGGAGGUUAUGGGUGAUUUCAGAAAUUAAAAAAUAUCCUGUAGACUGAUUUCGAGGGAGAAAAGCUUGCAAGGAUAUACCAGGGAAAAUUAAUAUCCUGCACUGAAAAGAAUUUCCCUCAUAAUGUAUAUAAUGCUGAAAAAAAACUUACACCGUUAUAUGUCAGGGAAAAAAAUUCUAACUCCAGAGGUUUGGGAAAAAAAAUUCUUGCCCAAAAUAAAGCUUAUCUAAAAUAUAAAAGAGUUAUCCACUAUUCUAACGGCAGACUCGUCGGCUUUUCCAGCUCGAGUUUGUCUUUAUUUUUGUAAAAAAAAAAAGAGUUUUAAGUUGUUAUUAACGUUUUUAAUUUGUAGUGUGAUUACCUCACGUUUCUCAGCCACGUACUGCACAACACCCGAACACGAAUUGCACAGUUUGAGAAGGCUAAAGAUUGGAUAAAAAGUUAAGAGUAGCGAAAAAGGUUAUCGUUUGCCGGCUUAGCUCUCCUAUUAUAUGUCUGUCCUCAAAGAAAAUGUACAUCUUACGUAAAACUUUCUAUCAGAUAUUGUGAGGCUGUAUAAAUGAAAAGGCUACCCUUAUAACUUCGUCGGGGUCAGUUUAAAAAAAUGACAUUUAUUACCAAGGGGAAUAAAUUAUUUUAUGCAGCCUGCGCGGCGCUUUUUAGUAUCCCGGAUGGGUACAUCCGGGACUUACAACAUAAAACAUCCGAACAUUUGACUUCAAGCCCCUAUUUUGACUCCACUACACAACAUCAACAGACAAAACGUAAUGGCAAACAAGUUUAUUUUGGGACGGCUUGGCGAGAACCAACCCUACAAAGUAUUUAUGUAAAUACAAUAAUAGGUGAAUACUGGUGAAUACCUAAUGUACAACACUUGUAAACUAGCUUUCACAAAAAGAUAAAACUCGUGCGACAAAUGGUCGCUCUUGACCUGAAUCUCCCAUUUAAGCAGGCAGGCUUAGUGCCAGGUAGGCUGCCAGUCAUUCUGGGGAAACUAAUUAAUAAAACUCAGACAACGCAUAACUGGCACACGGAACACCGUAGUAGCACAGAGGCUAAACAAAAAGAAAAAACUCCUCACAACUGGUCGAUCUCGACCUGAAUCCCCCAAAUAAGCACAGGCUUAGUGCCAGUUAGGCUGCCAGUUAGGCUGGGGAAACUAAUUAAUAAAACUCAGAAAACGCAUAACUGGCACGAGGAACACGGUAGGAGCACAGAGGCUAAGCAAAAAGAAAAAACUGCUACAACUGGUCGAUCUCGACCUGAAUCCCCCAAAUAAGCACACAGGCUUAGUGCCAGUUAGGCUGCCAGUUAGGCUGGAGAAAAUAAUUAAUAAAACUCAGACAACGCAUAACUGGCACGAGGAACACGGUAGGAGCACAGAGGCUAAGCAAAAAGAAAAAACUGCUACAACUGGUCGAUCUCGACCUGAAUCCCCCAAAUAAGCACGCAGGCUUAGUGCCAGUUAGGCCGGGGAAAUUUAAUAAAACUGUGAUCAACGUAUAACUGGGACCGGGAACACUUCAGGAGCACAGAGGCUGAGUGCCAGGAAAACUGGGAAUUAUCUCCACUAAGGUACCCAACAAGGCACGUAGCCCAAUAACCAGUAAGACUGCCAUAGGGCUAGGGCGGGACAUUGAGGGUAAACAAUGAAUAACGACCCUGGCUAGAGGUCUGUAACAUUGCCUGCAACCUAACUGCGUCAAACGAGACUUACGUCGCCUCCUAAAGAGCGGUUCCGGUUCCGGGACAGCUGACCUAAGCAUACAUGGAAACUAAAUAUAUCAAGUAAAGGAGCAGGUGCAAAACUGAGAUAACUAGUGUACAAGUACAUAAAAUAAGAAACGGGAAAAAGGCUGAAAACUAGCAGAGCUGAGCUACCGCUUACAAACUGAAGUAAAUGCGGUCAGACGGAGGCCAGAAAAAACCUGCCCAAAAAAACCCCGAAGGGAAAAAAUGCGGGCAGGAAAUCUGGGUAGGAACCAAGGCUCAAGCUCAAAGCCCUUCCUACGGGACUUUACAAUGUAAUCGAGAAUAUGUUGCUCUAAAAAUAAAUAAAACAAAAAUUUAAGAAAAACCAAGGAGAGGUUGGUUCGUACGCCUAGAUGACGAACACGUGAUAUACGCAGCCUUUAUACCCCCCGAUAUGGCUACCCAUGGUGCACCCGGCCUAGUACCCAGGCCCUGUUAGAUCCCGUGCCGUCAAAAUAUUUAUUUCUGCCUUCUUCGCGGGCUCAUUCGUCAGAAAUAACAUAUUUUGACUCCACUACACAACAUCAACAGACAAAACGUAAUGGCAAAUAAGUUUAUUUUGGGACGGCUUGGCGAGAGAACCAACCCUACAAAGUACGUAGAGUGACAAAGUAUUGGGCGAAAUGACAAAUGAAAGCUCCUAGAGCCCAAGAAACUUGGAAACUGAAAGCCUUUUUCUAGGUCAUCAUCGGUAGGCGCCCUUGCUAGAAGAACGGACUUUCAGCGGCCGAGCCACUGAAACACACUGUCACAAACCCCAUUAUAAGCAGCGAAGGUGACCCUCACGAACGCAAGGAAUAUAAACCAAAAGUGGAAGAGUCAACCCCGACAAUUCUCAGGUCCUUGCGAAAAGCCUCUCUAAUUGUGGUAUAGCUGAUAGGCUCGUUCUGGGAAACUAACUAAAAAGAGUUGUUCCCGCGAAACAUGGGGCAAAAAUGAGAUCCCCGGAGCUAAAGGGGAUGGAAAAAAGAGCAAGGUACCUCUUUAGAAGCUUGACAGGACAAGCAGGGCCAAACAUUUCCGAAAAAAUCACUUCGAGUCAUCGUCCUUACAAAGUUGGCCGUUCUUGCUUUUGAGAACCUUAAUGAUCAUGAAACCCUCAUGAAAGAAAAUAUAAUACCCCCUAAUUAUGGAGACCUCAUCAAACCUAAAAUCGUUUUGAAAACACACCUAGCCCCUUCAAUAAUCGAGUUAUCCCUGGGAGAGGGGAAACCCGCUAUGGUAUGAACCCAUUUAAUACCAUAAACAUCCGAGUCUACGACGCACGGGGAGUGCGACUCUUCCAUGAGGUGUUGCAAAUACAAGGCAACAUGGCAGGGACUGGCAGGACAGGCCCAGGAAUGAAGCUUACUGGCAGCAAAACAUUUUUACUUGCGAGAAGCACGAAGGUACACCACUGUCGUACUAACUGCCUUUGAGGAAAGAACCGUCGAUUGCAUUGUAGACUGUCUGUCAGCCUCAGGGUUCAACCCUCUGGUGGGAAAUUCUGGGGCCCGCGCUAGAAACCAGAGCGGAAUAUAUCUGAAAAGUAAUCGAAAAUACAAAAGAAAAUGUAAGGAUCACGCAAUAAAAAAGAAAAAACACCGAAAAGGGAAGUGGGGGGUCAAAAGGCUACAUGCAAAAACCUAAUGGGUCCAAACCUAAAGGUACGCAUAACACGCGUGUAGAGGCACAGGCAACACUUUCCGUCCGGCGGCGUAGAGCAGAAGCCCGCCAGGGACGAGGGAGGUGUGGGGCGCCGAAAACAAACUCGAAGCGCUAUGACGCCAAAAAAUAAAGGCCUGGUUCUGAAAAGGGAAUUACGGACCUUUCCUGGAACAAAUAAUCCCUGGAACUUAAGCAAUAAAACCCAGUCCACAACAAAACUAUUCCAAUGCACUCCAUCUCUAGUAGAAACAUUUCAGAAAAUAGCUGACUUCCAUACGUGAGGAAUAAGGGCUCCCGUGAGCGCGCAGAGCCCAAUGUGUCUGAUAUACAUGACUCUGACAAUGAGGCAAACAGGUGGGCCAAGCCAGUUGUUGUCCUAUCCCCAAUUUUGAGCGAAGGCAUAAACAGCCUAACAGCCUGGCUGAAAAAAUAGAGAGUUAAGCCAAGGCAACUCGCCGUUGUAACUACAGGCGAACCUGUCAAUAAUGUAAGGACCUAAGAGGUGAUUUAGCCCUAGCAAAACAAAAUCGUUGAGGCCGUAACCAUCGAAGUCAACGAGCUGGCAGAUACAGACCGCACUAGCGUUCAGGUCCCUAGGGAUCCACUUGACCUCGAACGAAAUACAAUGACGGGAGCAAAUUUGAAAAGCAACUAGGGCUAAAUUCUUUGAGAUCGCAUUUCCUGCUGCCGUCGCGGAGAAUGGAUUCGACGUUCUGGUUGUCAGAAUACCAAAAAACCUUGGAAUUAGAUGAAGGGCUCGCGAAGGCUAGUAAGGCAAGACAAACCGCUUUGAGCUCUCUACAAGUCGAUCUACGAACACUUUCCGACCAAUUCUGAUAAAAAAUCAAUUCAGGUUCAGACUCCACUUAAACGCCGCAGGCUGACUCGGAAGCAUCGGAGAAGCCGGAGCUUACUCUCACUGGAAGCGAACUGGAACCCGUCGAUAAAUUUUGCCGUAGAGAGGCUAACAUAAUUCGACCAAAAUUCAAUUUCAUACAAAGAAUCAACGGACAGGAAAACCUAGCUAUCCCAGGAAACAGCUGAGUAAACAACUGAGAAAAGCAAUCGGGCCAUAAUGCACGCGACGGAUCCCACGCUACUCGAGACGGAAAUACUAUGGGCGGCUACACACGGGACGCGUAGAACGUGGACUGUGGUGGACGACUAAUAUGAAGACAAAGCCGCCAGGUCGCGAGACAAUUUAACAAUGCGUUCAUCCGUGGCUCUAAUACUUCCAUCCAGAGUGUUAUGUUGAGAUGAACGCGAAGCCACUAGAAAAUUCGAACGGGCUCCCACAGGGACUUUUCCUCAUAGGAAUUCGAACAAAGCGAGACUAAAGCAAAUCGGCAUGGACAGCCCGCAAACUGUAAAUUAAGGCCUGAACGCGAUAGGCUCCUCCUCCUAUAGCUAGACCAUAGUCAAGAAAAAUGGCAAUAGGGAUACCUUGGCUUCUUCUAGAUUUCUGAAGCGGUUUGAGGGAGGCUGACAAGAACCCAAAGGGAAGCGCGCAAAGUAGAAAAUACCUAAAAACCCAGGUGCCGAGAUCCCAGAUGAACGCAAGGAAAAACUGGUGAUCAGGGAAAAUUACGAUAACCGCACUAGAGGUAAAAUAUGAAUAAAUAAAAACCCAUAUCAAAAAUAUAAGUGGCCAUGGACAAGUCUUCGCACUUGAAUUUCUGUUUGAAGAAAAAAGUGCAAACGUGCCUAAAAUCCAGGAUUAACCUUUGUUAGCCGGAGCGGCGCGUCAAACAGAAAGCGGGUAAAUGAUAUUGGAAUGCAAAAAUUUUUAAAAGGAGGUUGAGGCUGGGAAGCUCAUUAACAGCUACGGACAAAAAGAACUGUAAACACGUGCAGAGGCAUUGUAGGAUUUGUAAAAAAACAUAAAAAGCUGGAAGAAGGGAAUUUGUAACUAAGACUAAAAACAUUCAAAAUGAACAGAGAAACUAGCAAAGUAUGCCAGAAAUAGAUAACUGUGAAAAAUCUUCCCAAACUGAAGGCAGAAUAGAAAUAUCAACGGUACACUCAGAGCUCUAAACCGCGCCUAAAACUAGCGGGGUGAACGUCAGAAGAAACUGGUAUAAUAUCGAGACAAUCCUGAUCCAUAUUACGGCUUGCCGCCUAAAAAAUUCAGUACUAAAUUAGAAUAGACUGCACCUGAUUGUUGUCCUUCAUCUAGCCAUUUGGGAGUUUGGGAUGUUUGGCUUGUCCAUCGUCGGGUAACAGGAACGCUUUCCACGGGCAAAACAGGUCCCGACACUGGGUCGUCGAGAAGGCGAAAAUUAAAACAGGAACGUUUGACAUGAGGCUGGGGUUGCAUAUGUGAAGUUGAGGUGGACGCCGGCGUUCCCACUGGCGAGGAUCUGUUUUUGAGUGGUCUUCUUCUUCUUACGGGCCUAGUACGCUACACGGCCGCAAAAUUCUGCACUGUGGAUCCUUUAAAACUGGUUUUCGUUGGCCUUCUUCUUGAACUUACGUGGUUCGUUAUACUUUAGAUUCUUAAUUUCCUUCAUCUGCUGCUCGGCCAAAUAUUCAUUAGCGCGCUUGAUUUGACCAACGGUUUCUGUUAACAAAACUUUAAACGAGUCCAUUAACUGUUUGUUAUUCUCCUCAAUGAGAUCGGACACUUCGUCUUUGCUGACGGAUAUAACGCAAGAAAGAGCCGAUAAGAACGUUAAGAAAAACCAAGGAGAGGUUGGUUCGUAAGCCUAGAUGACGAACACGUGAUAUACGCAGCCUUAUAUACCCCCGAUAUGGCUACCCAUGGUGCACCCGGCCUAGUACCCAGGCCCUGUUGUAUCCCGUGCCGUCAAAAUAUUUAUUUCUGCCUUCUUCGCGGGCUCAUUCGUCAGAAAUAACAUUUCAGUUCAGCUUCGGUGCAGGGCAAACAUUUUCCCACCCUAUUACCCCGCCCAUGGUUUCGCAUCAGUCCCAUCGAUGCGUUAAGUUCUUAUUCGGUGCGUGUUUGCCCUCACCUUUGCUGGAGUGAGGUUUUUAUUUCCGGUUUUUGUGUAAUUUGAUUUGGUAUUAUCAAUAAACGGCCACUGAACUGAGUGGCCAAAUUACGGCAAAUAAUGGUGUCCGUUCAGUUUUCCCAGCAAACCGAGCUCACCCCUAGCAAUGUACAUUGUACAGCACAUGGUUUAUUGGCAAGCGAGCAAGGGGCAUAAAAGUAACAAAAGAAAAGAAAAUAUAAUGGGCUUGCAGAAACACAGAAGUCCCUAAGUCGGCCUAAUUUUGGUCCUCCCUUUAGGACAGAAAUACUAACCCUAGAAAUCGUAACCUGUAAAUUGCUGCUACUAGAGAGAUCUACACUUUCACAAUUUUUUCAAUUCAGGUUUGCUUACGGGAUAUUUUUUAUAUGAAAGUAGAUCACAGUUAUACACCGUAACUUUUGCACUUGCAAAAAGGAAGCCUGAAAAAAUUUCAGGCUUAUAUAGGGUUCGAAAGUUGCGUCUAUAACUGUGAUGAUAACUGCGAUAAUCUACUUCCAUAUAAUCAUUCACCCCCCAGUUCACAUAUGGAACUUUCAUGUAUUCAUAACUUCGGGAUAUUUUUCCUUAAUCAUUUUGCCCCUCCCUCUAAAGGUGAACUGAUGCCUCUUACUUCUUUUUUCUUUUGGGCUUAAAGUUGCAUGUUAUUAGUUCAAAUUUGAUUCCUUUUAUCAUAAGUAUGGAAACGGAGGCUUUGCUUCUAGCCCUGGUUAAAUCUCUAUAUUAUUUUAAAAAGGUAUCAGUUAUAAAAUUAAUAGGUCCACUGGAGAUCCCUUACCAAACCAUAUGUAUUUUGAAACUGACUUUAAAGUAUUUAAAAUGUAUUUUCAGUAUUUGAACACUAUUUUACUGUAUUUUAAUCCUGUUUGACAAAGAAAUUUAAAUUUUCGCCCCUGUUUGAAAUAUAUCUUGAGUGUAGUUAAAUUGUAUUUCAUGAAAACGAAAACCUCUCUCAUCAAUUUACAAUGUAUUUUGUUUAAUAAAUAUGAUUAAAAUGGGGUAUUUAAAAUGUAUUUUGGGCAUAGAACCACUAACACUGUUACAAACAGAGUUCAAAUAGACUAUUUGAAAUCUGUUUUAACGGUUUUUAUGCUGACUGUAUUUAAAAACUUUUAAAUAGGGUACUUUAACACUGUUUUGAGUUGUAUCUAAAAUGUAGUUUGAGACGCAUCCACUCACAAAGUUACAAACAUAGUUCAAAUAGACUAUUUGAAAUAUGUUUUAAGAGCCUAAAUGCUGACCGUAUUUUAAAUCCUUUUAAAUAGGGUACUUUAACACUGUUUUGAGUUGUAUCUAAAAUGUAUUUUGAGACUCAUCCACUCAAAAAGUUACAAACAGAGUUCAAAUAAACUAUUUGAGAUAUGUUUUAAAACCUUAAGAACUGACCGCAUUUUAAAUACUUUUAAAUAGGGUACUUAAACACCGUUUUGAGGUAUAUUUGAAUUGUAGUUUGGGCACACAACACUCUGACUAUAAAAACAGAUAUACAUAAACUAUUUUAAGUCUGCUUAAAGACAUCAAAUGCUGACCUUACUUUAAAUACUUUAAAGUACUUAUUACUUAUUAUUACUGAGGUGCGAUAUUGUAAUGUACUUUGGGAUACUCAGACUAUAAAAGAUAUAAGAUGCUGAUUUUUCCAUACAUUUCUUUCAAAUUAGAAUCUUUGCGCCACGAACCCCUGUCUGAACCAUGGGACAUGCUACAUGGGAUAUACUGAGAAAAACUACGUUUGUGUUUGCCCAGCUGACUUUAGAGGUGAAAACUGCGAAGGUAAAACGUGUUCUGGUAACUUCAGUACAACCUUGUAUUUGCUAAAACGUGAAACGAUGCAAGAAGAUCCUCCGGGACGACAAUGGAGUGUUGCAGAAAAGGCAAUUAAUUUCUAGACGCGGUGAAAGUCUUGUUGUUCUUUUUUUUUUCGGGUUCAAAACUCGCUGGGGAGCGCACUGUUUGCAACUUUUUGUUGCCACUUUCUUAAUUAACUUCCAACAUUCUUGGUAGAACCCCACUCUACGGACGCCCAUACAUUCGGGCAGUUUCAUUUGUUCUAACCAAUCAAAUCAGCACCGAUCCCAAACCUUCAAUGAUCCCCCGGGGGAGUUCCUAAGAAAGAUGGUAUCUGGUGCCUUAUCAUUGAUCUCUCUUCUCUCCACGGUUCGUCACUGUACAGUCAACACCCGAUAAUUCGAACCUUCAAGGGAAAUAGAAAAACGUUCGAGUUAUCGGAUGUUCGAGUUAUCGAGGGCCAAAUCAUAUGGAAAAUGAUCUGACGGGAAAUGAAAAAUACUUCGAGUUAAGGGGAGGUUCGAGUUACAGACGGACCUUCUUCUUUAAUCACUUGGCCGACACUUUUGCGUGGCUCCAAGAACAACUAUCACAUUCAAGACCUCAUGCAUGAAAUGGAUAACUAUUUUACGGUUGGUUCUACAAUUUUUCGAUGUGCGCCCACAAUGUGGAAACCAUCCCUGAUGUAGCUUCUCAAGCGGGCAUACCCUUGACCCCAGACAAACUUGAAGGAGCCACCACCCGCUUGGUAUACUCACCUUCCGUGCUGAAACGCAAUUCUUUCCCCCGAUCAGCAAUAUUAUCUCCUUAAAUAUAGGUAUCAAAAGAGCUCUAGACUGCACAGAAACAAUUCGCAAAUAUUCAUGUGUGCUUCCAACCUGAAUUCAUCGAGAAUAGCUCAGAUCAUUAGCUCAUAAAACCUGACUAUUCACCCAAAGAUUUAAAAAAAAAAUCCAAUCACAUAUUACCCGGCUACUUUAAUACAUUCUCAAAGUCUUCAGGGCGUUUUUCCAGUUCGCUGAGAUCUGCAUGAGAAUCCGAUUAUCCUUCGCCCCGGUUUGCCAUUUUGACAAAAAUAAUGGUUAAGUCAUCUCCAUCCGUCUGACAGUUUACAAUUUCUAUGCGGUGUACCAGGCACAUUGAAUAAUGAAGCACCCGCAUAUUGUGAAAAUUAUCAGCCUAAAAUUAAUUGGACACCUUCUCUCUGUAGUUGGGUUAUCCUGCAGCCAUUUAAAGAAGGGAGACCCUACAGCAGCAAGUGGAAAUUACAACAUUGAUCCAGAUGGCGAGGGAGAUCUAGAGCCAUUCUCAGUGUACUGUGACAUGACCAACAAGAACGGAGUUGGUGUGACAAUCAUAAGACAUGACAGUGAGAGCAGGAGUAUUGUGGAUGGAUACGAAGAUCAUGGUAGUUACUCACGUGAUAUUAACUACGCAGGAGCAAGUCUAUCUCAGCUGGCCAGUUUCACCAAUGUCUCCUCACACUGCGAGCAGUUUAUCAAAUACGAGUGUCGCAGGUCGUUGCUUCUCCAUGUUAGCACUUUUGCUGGUUUGUGCUGUAUGGGGGAGCUUGGCUGAACUACAUCGCAACUGCACAAAAAGGUAGGAAUAAAGUAUAUUGAUUGAAAUAUAAGCAUACACAAUUAAAUGUCUUGUUGGAUCCCGAAGGGUUUUCUUUUUUUUUUUUUUUUCAAUUUUUAUUUAUUGUUAGAGUGCUAAAGACCAAAUCGAUAUUUACAAUUGUAGUUUACGCCGCCCGAGAGCACGAGCUCGUUACAUCAGCAACUUGUGCAAUUGCAUGUUCCUUUGUUAAUUUUGCCAACUCGUUUGUAGACUUGACUGCAAAACUCUCGCUUCAGGCCUUUCGUUAGACCGGUUGCGAUCGCACGCGCUCGCUCUUGACCAUUGUGGGCAACUAUAGGCUGUUUGCAAUCUAACUCGUUUGUAAACUUAAAUGACUUCUUCCCUAUGUAUACCUUCACAGUAUGCAUGGGAUAAACGUGUCUGACUUUUUCCUCUAUACUCUAAAGUACUGCGCUCAGUCUGAUGAUCAGAAGGACGUCCUCGGCCCACUUAAAAGACUCUGCUGUUUGGCAUAGCGCCUUGCAAAUGAAUUCUCAUAUAAAGCUAGUUGUGAAGCGGCUAUAUUAAGUUUCAAACCAAGAGCCUUAAUUGUUUCCUCUUUAGACCAAUGCACUCGAAAUCGAGCAGCUGUGCCUCGGGUAAAGCCGCUCAACAGAUCACACGGAUGGAGAGAUUAUUGUGUUUUGCAAGGCACAAAAAGUGGUUUACUAGUGUUAAAGGUUCAACUUUAUCUUGCUGAAUAUCAAGAUAAUCAUGAAAAAAAAAAAAAACUUCCAAAGCAAAAUGACGGUGUGUUUUUAAUUACAAUAUUUGCAUCGUGUCAUAGAUAUUAAAUGUUAGGCGCGUCUAAAAUUUAAGUGCUUUUGAUAACAAUAAUCACGCUCCUUAAGUGAAAAACACAAGUUCCGAAAAUCGUUUUAGGUUAGUAGAAAAACUCCGAAUCUCUUUAAUAGACGAAAGUUUUUAAGCCUUUCGCGAGUUUUAGAAAUUUCUAGGCCAGAAAAAUAAACAAUAAUUAAUGAAAACGUCGUCGGGUGCCCCUAAUCAUUGGGUUAACGCAUACAUUUUCGUUAGGUCGAUCUCAAAAUAUAUCAAAUUUAUCCUUGUUUCUUCCUACCACCUGCUUUUAGUCCCUCUCUUUAAUUUAGGCUCUAAAAACAGGAAGUCACUUUCUACGUUUGCAUUAUAAAGUAUAUGAAUAAAGCGAUUGCCCUCGCUUGUCGUAUCAGGCAGGAAUGCGUCAAAAUGGGACCAGAAAUGAUUAAUCUCCUAGGUAUUGGUUUGGGGAUUGAUCAGCCUAAAAAAAAUGGCGUGUGAUCCCCGCCAAAAUUCAAGUUAUCUUAUUUCUGUAUAUCGCUAAAUUGUGGCUCGUAAAUUUUUCUCUCCCCUAGCAAAUUCUCUCCUGUAUUGUAAAAUUCGACAACGCCAAAUUCUAUUCUGUGAUAACGCCAAAUGCGAUGUCUUGUCUUUAAAUUGUAUCACACUAAAUUCUACCCCGUGGUUUCAAAUUCGUUUGCCCCAAAUCCUAUGCUGUGUGCCAACUUCUAUAACGCCAAAUUCGGUCUCACCAAAUUCUGUAGUACACAAAUUUAUACUCAGUAACAGCAAUUCUGUUCCAUUGCACGGAAUUCAGGAACAGCAAAUUCAGCACUUAAUUUAAUCGACGGACAGCAAAAUCUGUCAGUGCGCCCACAGAAUUGCAAAUCUAACAACUUCAAAUUAUGCACGCGUAUUAAAAAGUAAAUACUUCGAUGCGGAAAUAUUAUAGCACGGAAAUCCUGUAUUGUGGUACGGUGUAUUUAGGCGUUUUGUUUCUCAGAAUAUUGUCGCAAUUACUGUAAUUCUACUGUUAAAUGGAUUCACUUUGUUGUAUGUAGUUAAUUGAUAGAUUCUCGCAGUUGUUAAGAUGUGACGGUGCGUUGCACCUUAUAAAUACUUGAGAUAUCAAUGAUUUAACCUUCGACUACUACUAGAAGCAACUUCAACUACCCGUCUGACGUUACGUAUGUGUCACGGAUGUCCUUAGACGGGUAGCCUUGUACUUGACCAUCACGCACUCUACUUGCAGCACUUCAUAUUGGUCCAUGUCCACAGAAUAGAAUCCCAUAUCGAGCUUUUCCGUAACGGGUCGGUCCACGAAUUCUAUCGCUUGAAAGCGUUGAUUACUUUAGAACAAGUGAUUACUUCAGUGGACAGAACGAAAAACAAUCAUCAGUUAAUGAGCAAAACUUCGAGGUUUACUGGAAAACUAGGAUAAAGGAUCAGUGAUCGGGGAUCGAGGAUCGGGGGUCGGUUAAAAAAAAAAUUAAAAUAAUAUUAAUUUUAAAUAAAUCGUCGAACGUGAAGAUGUCAAUGUGGGUUGCAGACUGUAGAUAAACUUCACAGAACAUAACCCCGUUCGCUGUACUGAGCACUAAAUUUAAGUACCGUACGGUAAACUAUUCCGAGUCUCACUGAGUCAGUGAUUGUUUUGAAGAGAAAGUGAAAUUUUCGUGGGAAAGGAGACGCUUUACCCCAGUGAUACUGUGAUAAAAUGCAUGCUGUGUACAGCUCUAAAAAUUGUUCUCUGAGAUCGCUUAAACAUCAGCUGUAUGGAGUUAUCAAAAGCAGAUACUAAGCAGCUAUGGAAAAUGUAAUUACUUUCAUGCGAUUUUGAUAUCUUAUAAAACCGACCACAAAUUCAACAGGAAUACACGCGAACUGAAUUAACUGUCUGUUGUAUAGAUGGUUUUCACAGUGACGUCAUCAAAUUGUAAAGUCAAAACAGCGAGGUUUUACGAAUCCUUAUUUACACUAGGUUGUAGAUAAGCAAAAGGUUAAUCUUUGUACAAGUUUCCAUUCCCAUAGCAUGUUUCAUUUCGACAAAACAGCAAUUUGGACUUCCGAGUUUUCACAGUGCGUGACGCCAAAAUAGGAAUGCUGUCUCACCGUUGAAAAAAGCCUGUCCUCUUGCUUUUCAGCAGUCUAACCUGACAUUUCAAGUAUUUGAAGAUAUGUUUAUGCGCACGUAUGCUAGUUAUGGAGUGAAUAGAAAGAGCUUUUAUAGAAAAAGUGAACUUCAGAUGUUUGGUUGAUUUCCGGCGGCCAUAUUGGUGCACCAAAACGGUACACCAGUAUGGCGGCUCCAUACAAAGCUCUUCAAAGGUGCGUGAGACGUUUCGGCAAAUAACUUAGAAACUGUGGGCAACAAAGACCCGAGAAAUGGAUAAAUUGCUUGUAUAUUAGUCUUUUAUAACAUUUCAUUUUCUUGGCUUCUUCCACUGGUCGGUUUCCAGUUCAUCUUUGUUGCGUGACAAUGAACACGAUCUAUAAGGUUCUGCGAAACUUACGCUUUUUUCCUGUACUGAACAAAAACUGUACCGAGCCGUAUCUUGGUCCGCUACAUAGAAGCUAUAUAUCUAUAUGUUUAUACUGAUAAAAAUCAUCGUUUAAUUUUUUGAGUGUAAAAUCCCUGAGAGAGUUCUCCUUAUUUGAGCAAUAUCAAUACGUAAAAGGUUUUCAAAGGUUUUCACCGGUGUGAAGCUAAGGUGUGCCGCCUGUCUGUCCUUGCAAUUUUUACGUUUGAAUAUUUACAUUAUGACAUAUAACUCGUUUUGUAUUCAAAACGAAAAAGUAGCAGAACAGCACCAGCGCCUUUUACGACAAAACUUAUAUCCAAGCCCCUUGGGCUCCAAGCAAGCAAGACCCACCCUACUAAGAGCGCUCUUGUUUCAUUAAUUAUUGACUUUUCAACAGAUCCGUUCAGCGUACUGCAUGCAGUUGACAGUUUAAACGUUCAUCAUAAAUUAAGAUCAAAAAUAGUAAAGCAAUUCUGUAUCACGUAGACAUUUCUAGACGAUACUUCUUUGUUUGCCAAUUGAAAAUUCGUGUUUUACUUUUUGCAUGAAUUAAAGCAAAGGAGUGGUGACGUCACUGGACGGCAUUAACGGCCGACCGAUUCAGACGUUACUGAGGGAGUAAAAAAGACUCGAAUUAAUCAUGUGAAAUUCAGGCUAUAAUUAUGUAUUGUAACAAGAUUGAUUGUAAUGAAGAACCGAAACAUUUGGCAAAUUUCUAGUUUUUUUUAGCCUCGGUUGUCGGUUCUUUGCACUUAGAGAUGACUUCGUUAAUUCGACCCAUGUUCGAGUAUACGUUAUUGCCGUACCUCUGCUUAACUGUACAAAUAUUCUCUCAGGAAAUUGCGGUCAAAACAACCGACGCAUCACAUUUCUGACACCAGCCAGUGGGUUUUACCUUGAAGGACACGUGAUUUCAAAUCAUUCUGUGGAACUAAACCUUGACUGCCAAGACCAAUGCAUCCUUGCAAAGGAAUGUGUUUCAUAUAAUAUUGGUCCAAUGAUAAACAACAAGAUGGCUUGUGAACUGAGUAAUUCAGAUCACUUACAGCACCCAGAAGAUCUCAAACCAAGGAAAGAUUGGAUCUACAGAGGCACACAGGUAUGACUUACACCUAAUGUCAAUGGCUCAACCUAACUUUAAGACUUCACUAUCAUUAUGUAGUAACGAUUUGCUUGCAUUCUAUUUUAAAACGGUAUCAGUUAUAGAGUUAAUGGGUCUACUAGAUACUCGAAGGGGUGGGGGAAGGGGGUACUCCCUGUAAUGCCCUAUACGGGAAGGCUCUGCCCGAAAGGGGUAUCUUUUUUCGGCUGCAGGUAUAUGAAAGGGUAGGGAAAUAUGUCAUUUGGGUCUGUGAAAGCGCCCAAAGGGUUAACAGAUGAAUUUUUAUAGCUUUAUAAAGUCGAGAAAAAGUUCUAUUUUUGUGAUUGAUUAAAAGACAGUGCAUUUACAGCAGUUAAAAGGGAUGCAAAGUUCUAAACAAGGUAUGUAAAGGAUUGCCAUUUGUCGAUGGAAGGUAUAUAAAAAGGAUACCUUGAAAAAUGGUAUAAUAUAUAGAUUUAGCCAGGGCUAAAAGCGAGGCUCCCAUUAGUAAAUUUAUAAUUUAAAUUAAACAAUAAACUUGUAUUCGAAUUCCACAAUUCAGUUAACUUUAGAGCACAUUUAUGUGACUUUUGAGGGAAAGGCUACCUGAUUUUAGACAAAAAUAAUUUGCAAACAGCCCAAGAGUGAACCAAAUCUUACAUCGAGUUGAUAGCCUCAUAUGUACACUCAAAAACUGGUAAUCAUCUUUUAUCACAUUUAAGAGCCGUAAUGGCUAUUGAUCACCGUAGAUCAAUUAGGCUUAGAAAAAAAACCAGGCCAACGUUUUGGCGUUCGACAAGUUUACUUUGCAAAAUCUUGCCAACAAAUCUGGGUGCGUGUAAACCAACCUUUUAUACCAUGGACAGAAAGCAGUAUUUCACAAUACAAAUUGCUCUCAUUCAAUAUUCAUAAACUGUUAAAAAAAUUUUCCAAAAUCACCUAUACGGCCAUCCGGUUCUCACUUUUGUAGUGCGAGCUGUAGCGAGUGUUUGAAUGAACAUUAACAGAGUUACGCUCCAAGAUAAUAAAGAAUUUAUCAUGUUUAUUUUUUAUUUGAUGGUUUAACGCGCGGCAUUUUGAGAACUCCUGCAAGCGAUGUUCACUGAACGACCGAAAACAAUCGGCAUAGCGAUUAAAAUUGCAAGAGAGACUACCAACAAUCAAUAAAAGAAAUAUAAUUCGGUGAAACAUAAACAGAGACAACAAUUUUCAUUCAGGAAGACAAGUAUUAAAGUGUCCCUAAAUAUCCUGAGUCUUCAAGCUUCAAGCUUAAGUUUGCUGAAGUUUAUGUUUUAAGCCAGCUUCCCGGUGUUUGUUUUUUCAAAGACGAACUCGAGGCAAGAAAAUCGCUCAAAGCUUUCUUUUCCGGCUAGAAUUAUAACUAAAGAUUCUUUGGAACAUUUUCUUUCUAUUUGCGGUGAGAAACUGUCUAAAGGCUUUUUAAAGUUCUGUAAGAUUAUAUCAAACCAGAUACUCGGUGAGAUCGUUGUCUCAAAACUUACAAACGCGCAUAAACUAAAUUCCCGCAUAAACUACGCUCCACUUCAUUAAAUUAGAUACAAAAACAAACAUGAAAUACAAUAAUUUCUCUGGCUUACCAUUCGAGAUGCAGCUCCUGAAAGUUAUCAGGUAAAGCCAGUAUCGCUUCAGACUUUGCAAUCCUCUUACGCAUCAAGCAAGGUGAAAACGAAAACGAUGCCAUCCGAAAUCGGAUUUCCGACUUUGACAAGCGACGUUUUCUCAACCAAAACCCAAUAAACAAACUAGCCAUGAGUAACAGAAGACUCCUGAUAGCAGCUGAAUUUCAUUUUGUACAUCCAGUGGAAAAAGACAGUUAAAAACAUCACAAGUUGACACAAAACUCUGUCAGCUUCAGCUGUUAAAGUAAACAAGAUUCAAGAUGCUGCAUAAAUUUUGCGCAUGAACUCACAUGUCAAAUUUUGACCAAUCAGAGCAUAAAAAUUGGACGUAGAGCGUGACCAACGCGUGACCAUUGUGAGAAAAAACAAAAGCAACUGUCUUCCCUGCCUGUAACAGCUGGCUGAAUUUUCACGUCCGAGGUCAGUUUGCAAUCAAAAUUUUAAUUGUGCAGCACAUAAACACAACAUAUUUCAUAUGAAUUAAGAAAAAAAAAAUUGAACUUGAGCCUGCGAUCACUUGAAAACUAGUUUACUUGUCAGCGGAUAACUUCAAAAAAUACUUGACCUCGACGAGUCGACACCUGAGCCCGCGAUACAGUCAAGUGAUACUGGUCAGCGGGUACUCUGUUUUGACAGCUGUCAAUUGAUCAAAACAUUGAUGUCCAAUAUGUGUGCAUUAUCAGUUUUCCUGUGCUCCCAAACUAGUAAAAGUAUGAGAUUGAACGUUGUUCGCGAUCUAGUAAAACAGUUAACUGGUCAGCGGACAGCUUCCAAAUAAAUCACGUCACCUCGAUGAGUUGACACAUGAGCCCGCGAUAUGGUCAUGGGAUACUGGUCAGUGGCUAUCCUGUUUGGACAGCUGUCAAUUGACCAUAUUGUUAAUGUCCUAUAUUAAAGAUGUGGGCUUGCCAAGACACGCCUGAGACACCCCUCCCUUCCUUUUGAUAGUCUCCCCUACCCCACCCAUACAAUCUGUAGACGCGUACGUACGUACGUACGCUCGGUCAAUCACGUGACAACCAAACGAAAAGAGGUUGACCAUAUUCCAUGGGUAUGGGGCUCUGUCCCACGCGCGCUUCGCGCGCGCGGGAGCCCCGCUAUAAAAGGAUAAGGGGUUGGACCUUGGGGCGCAGCCUCCCCGUAUAAAAUUUUGUUCAGCCAACCCCCCCCCCCCCCCCCCUCUAGCGAGACUAGAGACGCAUGCAAUAUAGGUCGGUUCACACUAGCCUUUAUAACCACGGGCAAAUGACUGUUCCCCACGGUGAAGCAACUUUGUGCGUGACCGACAGUUGCUAAGGUGAAUUUGCCUCUGGAAAAUUUCCAUGGAUACGUGAAAUAACUGAGCGCGAAUUGGCGAAUUGUUGACAGUGAUGACAAACUAAGAUGAUGGUUUUUCUACACAUUUCUUUCAAAUCAGAAUCUUUGUGCCACUAACCCCUGCCUGAACAACGGGACAUGCUACAUGGGAUAUACUGAGAAAAAAUACGUUUGUGUUUGCCCAGGCUACUUCAGAGGUGAAAACUGCGAAGGUAAAAUGUGUUCUACUAACUUACAAUAUAAACUUGUAUUUGCUAAAAUUUCGUUAUUUAACGAGAGUUAAUCACACGUAAUAAACUCACAUCAUGAUCAUUAAUUUUUGCUUUGUUUUAUGUUGUGUUUCUUUGCUUUUGUUUGAUGUUUGAUGUUUACCGUGUUUGAUGUUUACUGACUCGUCUAAGAAGACUCAUAGACUAUCACCUCUUAGACAUAUGCAAACAAAGCGGUGGUUGCAGCUAAACAAUAACAACAUUGCUGUAAAGAUGCUGAUCCUUAUGCGAAUCAAGAAGCUAAAUGGCGUGAUAUUUCCCGCCGUAGCUGUUUAUUUACAAAGAAAAACUGCUUGAACUUUGGAAUACAGCUCAGUAGAUGACAGCGUUGCAACGGGCAGUCUUACUUUCAUGCAGCUAGGUCUACCAGAGGUAUGCUGAGCGGCAUUAAAAAGAUGGACAAGUUCCGAUUUUUUGGCCUUUGAACAGAAGGCAAUUCCUUUAUCUUUUAAUAAUUCCUUCAAACCGCUACUGUCAUAUUCUCUGCUGGUCCCUGUUUCAUACGUUCGUAUUUUUCAUGUUUUUCCCUUUUUGCCGCUUCCCCGAGUUUCUCGUUUCCUGGUGUUCAAGUCGUUCGCGGUGUCCUUCGAUUUCUGAAUCAGCAAGUGUUUUGUUAUUAAGGAGAAGAAUGCCAUCUGCUGAUGUAGUUAGUGGAAUUUUCUGGAUGAAGUGACGAGAAUCAAGAAUAAUAUAUUUUUUGAAAGAAAAAGCUUCUUUGCUAGCUUUGUAUCAUUUCCGCGGUCUAAGCUGAAAAAUAAAGAAGUGGCUGGACCACAAACAUCCAAUAGCGGAUAUAAGAGAGAAGAUGCAAGCACAGGGUCCAGAGGAGAUGUGUUUGUCGUUAGAAAAUCAAAACCCGUCGAAAACCUCUGAAAAAAAUGGGUUGUUUUGAACGCGUUACAGUUUCGUUACACAUUCUAUAGACCGCCAAGUCGAUCGGCUUACAGUAUAAAAUACGGAGAGGGAGGAAAAAAAUUUGGGGCCGAUUUUCGAAUCCCUGAAACUCAAAUGCAAUUGAAUGAAAUCGCCUGAUUUACUAACCUGAUCUAGAAUUCUUAUGUAUUCGCCAAAUACUGUUGGAAACGGCAUAAAAAAGCGUUCAGCGAGGAUAUGGCUUGCGGUUAUUGAUUUUCAAAAGUCGAUCCGGGUCAGAUAAGAAGCGAAGAAAUAGUUUACAGUAGAUUUUGUAAAGAUCCCAUUGGGCUAAUUAAUCGUGCUAAGCGACAGGUAUAGACAUUUUUCAAGGUGAGACUUUAAAUAAGGAAUUCAUUUAUUCACUCGAAACUCCUCUGGACCCAUAGUAACACAAGUAAAUUUUCGUAAGUCCCAGUUCUCAAUGUCUUUUACAUCCCGUGCAUUUAGAUGGCAUAAGCAAUGCGACAAUUGUAACAAAUUUCAUUCUCAGAUAUUUCUUUUCUAGUUUUAAUUAUUUUGAUGUACUUGAUCAAUAUCUUUAUAAACAAGGAAGAGGAAAAGAGCUCAAGGGGCCAGCUCAAGCGGGGGAACGAAAUUCUCCGAUCUCCAAAGAAUGGCCCUUCAGGCCUUUUACAAAGAUGUCCAAGUACACUUUACAAGGGGUACUUGAAGAAUUCUCCAAACUUAACGAGCUGGGUACAAAGCGGAGUCAAGGUCUAGUUUAACAACAGGCGCCAGAGAGAAGAUUCAGCGACAUCGGCCGCAGCAGUUACUAUACCAAAUGAAUGAUGAUGUUGUUGUUUAAACCAAUAAAAUCUGAAAAAGUAAUUCAUGUUACGUUCAACGCGUUUUUUGUUUUUCUUCUUCCCUCAUGGAAAUGUGAUUUGCAGCCAGGCAAUGAUAUCGAUGAGUGAAAAGUUUGUAACCUAUCGAUUACUCAUCGAUUACCCAUUGAUCAUCGGCAAUAGCGAAUAACUAAUCAAAUGAUUAUCCAUUGAUUACUCAUCGAUUACACAUUGAUGUCAUUGAUUUCAUUGAUGAGAUAUGCCUGAUAAUGAACAUAGUCGCCCUAUACUCAACCCCUCCGGUAGUUAAAUCCGAACCGCAGUUUUUUUUUUUCUCAGAAAUGGCCACUCUGUUUCCCAUAUGUUACUUAUCUCAUUGAAGCACAUAGAUAUGACGGUGAUUAUCUCAGGAAGCAUUUGCUAGGCGCACCUCAUUCAUAAAGCCAAAACCAUCGAUCCUCUGGGAAUUAACAAACGUGACGAACUAUAUAUAUAUAAUAAUUAAUAUGCAAUCUUUAUCUGUUUUUCGGUUUAUUUUUUCUUAGCAGCCACACCUUACCACGUCAUAUAAUGCAACUUCCGUUUAUUAUUUUACAGUGGUAUUUAGUAUAAUUAUACUAAAACAGUGGAUAGUGUUUUUCGUGGGCUCUGAUUGGCUACUCAAUCAGUGACUAUCCUGCACCAUUCACUGAUUCACCUCCAGUUCCUCCGAGUCAGCCUAAGUUGCGAGCAAACUGCCUUCCCGUUUUGCUGCCGUAACAAACAAAGAAAUUUCACCACUAAUCAAGCAAGCUGUUCCCGAAAUACACGAAAAAGGUUUCGAAGUUCGGUUUGGAAUUUUGAAAAUGUAAAGCUUUGUCUUUUUUACUUGAAUUUAUCAAUCAGACCGGUGAAAAAGUUUUUUGUUUACAAAUGCAAAUUAAGCUUAAGUCUUGCGUUACUUUAUUUCGGUUGACUUGUUCAUAAAUAAGCUUAAAACUAAAUUUAAUAAUAUUUUUUACAGAAUGAUUUUAAAUACAAAAAGAAUUCACAACUCCUUUUGAAGAAAUUUCCCCGCAAGAGCUAAACAAAUGCCUUCAAAAGUUUUAUUGCUGGGAACAAAACUAGCGGGCAUGCAUUAAAUCACUUUCAAACAAGGUUAAGAAAACAUGGUAAAUGCAUCGUUUUUUCCAGUUCAGUUUUAGUUCUGAUGGAUAAUACUGACUUCACCACGGUCAAUCGAGGGAAGUUUCCAAGAUCUAAGCAAAGUCUUCAAAGCUAAGGCUGCUAUAACUUUCUCUUUUGAAAGUUUAAAAUAUCACAAGAAAUCCUGGAUAUCUUGAAUGUAUUACCAAGGCACUGUUAAUUUUGGUAAAAGAGAACAGAAAAAGGAAACAACAACAACAAAAAAAAAACCGGAAAAUAGUUUACUAAAAAGUUGUAGGUGUUUAAAACUGAAACUGCUCUUAUCUUGGGGGGUAUUUGCUAGUAUAAACCGAGGAUCACACAAUACUGUUUUCCUUGCAGAUAAUUCAUGCAGUUCUAUAAAGAAAUUCUUCCCUGCAGCAGAAAGCGGAAAUUACGACAUUGAUCCAGAUAGCGAGGGAGGUUUGGCACCAUUUACAGUGUACUGUGACAUGACUGGAAAAAAUGGUGUUGGCGUGACGGUCAUCAGUCACGACAGCGAAAGCACAACAAAGGUGCGUGACGGCCUCGGUUGGGGAGGCCGUGGCAGCUACAGACGUGACAUUCAUUACACAGGAGCCAGUCUGUCUCAGUUAGCGAGUCUGACCAGUGUCUCCUCACACUGUGAGCAGUUUAUCAAGUAUGAGUGUUAUCACUCGAUGAUAUUAAGAAGCGGGUAUGCUUGGUGGGUGUCGCGUGAUUCUUCUAAGAUGACGUACUGGGGUGGAGCAUUACCUGGCAGUGGAAAGUGCGCAUGCGGAAUGAACAACACAUGCGCAAAUCCCAUUUACGGCUGUAACUGUGAUAAGAAUGACCCAGUAUGGCGUGAAGACAGCGGUCUCCUGAUUGACAAGACAAAGCUACCAGUAAAACAGCUCGUGCACGGUGAUGCAGGAAACGACAACCAAGGAUACCAUACUCUUGGAAAACUGAAGUGCUAUGGCAUAGCAUAA